GAGAAAAUAUUGUGGUGUUGAUUUUUCCAUAAAUAAAUAAUAUAAAGUUUUUUCAAUAAAUAAUAUAAAUUAAAAAAUAUACCAAUAAUUAGGUAACGAACACAUUAUUGAUAAAAUGGAUUAUAAAAAAUCGCCAACUCGCAGACAAAAACGACAGAAAAUUGAAGAGUCAUAUUGGGAUUGCAGCGUAUGUACAUAUCGAAAUACAGCAGAGGCUUUUAAGUGUUUGAUGUGCGAUGUUCGAAAAGGUACAUCUACAAGAAAACCUCGACUUAAUUCAGCUCUUGUAGCACAACAAUCAGCUACAUUACCAGCAACAUCUGGCAGUACACCAAAUGGUACUUUACCAUCUGGUCAUAGUAAAUCAUCAUCAUCAUCAAGUUCUUCAAAAUUAUCAUCUUCAUCGUCAUCUUCGUCUAGGCAUAAUAAUAAAUCAAAACAUAAAAAAUAUCCUGCCCGUUUAAAAAAUGUUGAUCGUUCAACAGCACAAACACGUGAAGUAACAGUCAAUUCAGUUACGGUUGUCAUCACAGAAUAUAAACCGAAAACUAUGGUUAAUAGAAGGGAAUCAAGUGAACAAAGUUUCAGUGAAAGUAAUGAUUCUAGAAGUUAAGUAUAAUCAUAAAAAUAUUAUUAAAAUGCAAAAAAGAGCAAAGUGAUUUCCAAAAAUUAUUCUUUACAAAAAAAAAAAAAAACAAAGUAAAAAUUAAUUUUUAUAAUAUUUUCUUUUGAGAAGAAAAACAAAACAAAAAAAAAAAGAAACAAAGUAGAAACAAACAAAUUAAAAAUAUAAUUAACUAUUUAUGAAGAAAGGGAAGAAAAUUUAAUUAAGAGUCAUUUAAUACAAAAAGGAUAUUUUGUGUUAACUAACUUGCAUUGAUACAUAUGUAUAUUAUUGUUUCUUCAUAUAAAUAACAAUAUGUAUAUAAAACACGUUAUAUACACUGAAAAUAUAAUAAUAUGUACAUUUAAUACAUAUUAGUGUAUUUUUUAUAUAUGCAUAUAUCAUGUGUAUAAAUUUUUAAAUAAAAUUUGGAAAAUUUUUUUUUUUAUUCUGUUGAUAAUUUAGGUAAUUUUAUAAUUUUUUUUUUGUAAAUUUAUUUUAGAAAAUUUAGUGCAUUGAUGCUGAUAUUAUUUAUUAAAUAAGUCUUUUUUUUUUCUAAUUAUAAGAUCUUAAAUAUAGUUUUCAGAAAAAAAAAUUGUUUAAUUUAAAAUAAACUUCACCUUUUUCAUUAUUCUUUUAUAUCCGAUAUUUUGUUAAAUCGUGUUA